GCUGAAUCGCAGAAGUGGAGGAAAAAACAUUUGUGUGUCUUCCUUCUCUGGUUUAGCAAAACCUAGCCAAAUUCUGAUGCAACAGGUCACUGCUGAGAGCUCAGUUUUGCAGAAAGACAAUGGGACCACUGGCAUGCUGACAGAAAACGUGCUUCUCCAAGAAAUUGAAGGGCAGAAUCAAGAACUGUCAGCUUUUUCUCAAGCAGUUACGAAAUUGAGGACCAAGUUUCCUUAUACUAAUCAGCAAACAAAUCCAGGCUUUGUGCUGAGUCCAGUCAUGCUGCAAAGAAAUAUAAGUGGGGAGAGUGCCAGUAUCAAGGUUUCUAUAGAAAUCGAAGAAUUCCAGCAACCAGUAACUUUUACAUGUGAUGUGAGUUCCCCUGUUGAGCUUAUAAUAAUGCAGGCACUUUGCUGGGUGCAUGAUGACUUGAAUGAAGUGGACAUUAGCAGCUAUAUCCUGAAAGUCUGUGGCCAAGAAGAAGUUUUACAGAAUAAACACUGCAUAGGAAGUCAUGAAUAUAUUCAGAACUGUCGGAAGUGGGAUACUGAAAUCAAACUGCAGCUCUUGACCCAUAGUGUAAUAUGCAGAGAUCUGGCCCGAACAGAAGAUGAUGACAGAACACCCAUACAUCUAACCAAACACCUCUACAAAGUAGAAAAGCCUUUCAGAGAACCUAUUAUAAGGUCUUCCAUUGAAGAGCUUCUUGAUGUGUAUCACAAGCAAGUUCACAUAGCUCUUAAAAAUGAGAACCAGCAUAAAGCAGUAGAUCACAUAAUUAAGACUGUCAGAAAAAUCUGUUCUACAUUGGAUUGUGUAGAGACUCCUGCAAUAACAGAAUCAGUAAAGAAGCUGAGGAGGGCUGUUAAUCUUCCAAGGACUAAAAAUGCCGAGGUAUCCUUAAAAAAUGGCGAUGACACUAGCAAGAGCUCAUCUGGUUCACUGCAGCCUGAAAACCCUGUGAAAGUGAGUAUAGAGCAGUUAACAAGAGCAGUUGAGGCUCUCCUGCAACUCCACAUGAAUUCAUGUAGCAGCUCUGCAGCAACUUCUCCAAAAGAUAGCAAGAGUACCAAGGAAGCACGGACUGCCACAGAACAUCUCCAGUUCACAAUAUUUGCUGCUCAUGGAAUUUCUCCUGGUUGGGUAUCAAAUUAUGAAAAGUACUACUUGAUUUGUUCUCUGACCCAUAAUGGAAAAGAUCUGUUUAAACCUAUUCAGUCCAAGAAGGUUGGCACAUACAAGAACUUCUUCUACUUGAUUAAAUGGGAUGAACUGAUCAUUUUCCCCAUCCAGAUUUCACAGCUGCCUUUGGAAUCAGUCUUAUGUCUGACUUUAUUUGGAAUCCUGAAUCAAAAUAGUGGGAGUUCUCCUGACUCCAAUAAGCAGAGAAAGGGCCCAGAAAUUUUGGGUCAGGUUUCUCUACCUCUUUUUGAUUUUAGGCAAUUGUUAACUUGUGGGACAAAGCUCUUGCAACUCUGGACCUCCUCACAUCCACAUCCUGCAUCAGGGAUGGCCAGUAAGAAAGGAAAUAUGGAAAGAAUAGUAUUGCAGAUUGACUUCCCAUCCCAUGCUUUUGAUAUCGAAUAUAAAAUUCCUCAAGCUGCAAAGACUACUGUGCAUCAUGCUAUGGAAACAUUAGAAAAACCAUUGAGAGAACGUCUCCUUGCCAUUCUCUCAAAGGAUAACACUAUUGGGCUAUCAAAAGAAGAUAAAGAAUUUUUGUGGGACAAGAGACAUUAUUGUCAUAGUCAUCCUAGUAGCCUACCAAAAAUACUGGCUAGUGCCCCUCACUGGGACUGGGCAAGUCUUCCAGAAAUAUAUGCAUUACUUCAGCAGUGGCCUCCUUUAUCACCCUUAGCUGCACUGGAACUACUUGAUUCAAAGUUUGCUGAUCAAGAAGUACGAAAUACAGCUGUGAAUUGGAUAGAGACGUUAAGUGAUGAUGAAUUAACAGAUUUUCUUCCUCAAUUUGUGCAGGCAUUGAAGUAUGAAACCUACCUUGACAGUGCUCUUGUUAAAUUUCUUUUGGCUCGGGCACUGGGAAGCAUUCGAAUAGCACACUACCUAUAUUGGCUUCUUAAGGAUACACUGUAUGAUAUGAAGUUUGGUGUAAGGUAUGAGCAAAUUCUUGGAGCUUUUCUUUCAGUCUGUGGAAAAAGGCUGAGGGAAGAGCUGGAGAAGCAGACCAGACUAGUGCAGCUUUUUGGAAUGGUGGCAGAAAAAGUAAAGCAAACAAGUGGAUCUGCUCGGCAGGCUGCCUUGCAAAAUGGUAUGGAGCGUGUGCAGUUAUUUUUCUUGAAGAACAAAUGCCGUUUGCCUCUCAAUCCCAGUCUUGUGGCAAAAGAGCUAAAUAUUAAGGCGUGUUCUUUCUUCAGCUCCAACGCAGUACCACUGAAAGUUGCACUGAUAAAUGCAGACCCUCUGGGAGAAGAAAUUAAUGUGAUGUUUAAGGUCGGAGAAGAUCUGAGACAAGAUAUGUUGGCUUUACAAAUGAUAAAGAUUAUGGAUAAGAUUUGGCUGCAGGAGGGACUGGAUCUACGGAUGGUUAUCUUCAAGUGUCUCUCAACUGGAAAGGACCGAGGCAUGGUAGAGCUUGUUCCUGCUUCAGAUACGCUUAGGAAAAUUCAAGUGGAAUAUGGAGUGACGGGUUCUUUUAAAGACAAGCCUCUGGCAGAGUGGUUGCGGAAGUAUAAUCCUACAGAGGAGGAAUAUGAAAAGGCUUCAGAAAACUUCAUUUACUCCUGUGCAGGAUGCUGCGUAGCUACUUAUGUAUUGGGAAUUUGUGACCGCCACAAUGAUAACAUAAUGCUUCGAAACACAGGGCAUAUGUUUCACAUUGACUUUGGAAAAUUUUUGGGUCAUGCCCAAAUGUUUGGUAGCUUUAAAAGGGAUCGAGCUCCUUUUGUGCUAACUUCGGAUAUGGCUUAUGUCAUUAACGGUGGUGAAAAACCCACUAUUCGCUUUCAGCUGUUUGUGGAUCUCUGUUGUCAAGCUUACAAUUUGAUAAGAAAACAUGCAAGCCUCUUCCUUAACCUACUUUCAUUGAUGCUUUCUUCUGGCUUACCAGAACUAAGUGGGGUUCAGGACUUGAAGUAUGUCCAGGAUGCUCUCCAGUCCCAAACAACAGAUGCAGAAGCUACCAUUUUCUUUACAAGGUUGAUUGAAUCCAGUCUGGGAAGUGUUGCCACAAAGUUUAAUUUCUUCAUUCACAAUUUGGCUCAGCUGCGUUUCUCAGGUCUACCUUCUAAUGAUGAACCCAUCCUCUCAUUUUCCGCUAAAACAUAUUCUCUAAAACAAGAUGGCCGAAUCAAACAAGCAUCUGUGUUUACAUACCAGAAAAGAUAUAACCCAGAUAAACACUAUAUCUACGUAGUGAGAGUUUUGAGAGAAGGGCACAUUGAGCCAACAUUUGUCUUCCGAACAUUUGAUGAGUUCCAGGAGCUCCACAACAAACUUGGCAUUCUCUUUCCUCUUUGGAAGUUACCAGGCUUUCCUAACAAGAUGGUUUUAGGAAGAACACAUAUAAAAGAUGUAGCAGCUAAAAGAAAAGUGGAACUCAACAGCUACAUCCAGAGUCUGAUGAACAGCUCUUCAGAGGUGGCAGAAUGUGAUCUUGUUUAUACUUUUUUCCAUCCAUUACUUCGUGAUGAGAAAGUGGAAGGAAUAGAUGGAAUAGCCAGACCUACAGAUGCAAGUCCAUCAAGUCCUACCUCAGGCAAAGUGGGAGGAGAAGUGAAGCUAUCCAUAUCAUAUCGAAAUAGCACUCUGUUUAUCAUGGUGAUGCACAUUAAAGACCUGGUUACCGAAGAUGGUGCAGAUCCAAAUCCCUAUGUAAAAACAUACUUGCUUCCAGAUACGCAUAAAACAUCCAAACGCAAAACCAAAAUCUCCCGGAAGACAAGAAAUCCAACUUUCAAUGAAAUGCUCGUGUACCCUGGAUAUAGCAUGGAGACUCUGAAACAGAGAGAACUUCAGUUAAGUGUGCUCAGUGCAGAAUCGCUACGUGAGAACUUUUUCUUGGGUGGAAUUACGCUCUCACUGAAGGACUUCAAUUUGAGCAAGGAGACUGUUAACUGGUAUCGACUAACUGCUGUACCCUAUCUGUGA